GUGGUGACGUCACGCAGCACCGCCCCGGCCGGUGGAGGCAGACUGACAGGUCCCGUGCCGGGUGUCGCAUGGUGUAUGACAAGCAAGUAUCCUAUCUGACAUUAUAUGACUUUUGCGACGUUCAUUGUAGGAGGAAAUAUUCACAUUGUGUUAUGCCUUAUGCGCCUAAAUCCGGACGGUAACACGGUGUUUGAGAUGCUGCGGAGGUAUUCACACAGAGGUGACGCCGCUGUAAGGUGUCUCAUUUAGCUAACAUUAACAUUAAGUAAACAGUGCAUUUCGCUAAUUGCAUUCCGCCGUGCGACAGUAGCUGUAGAGUAUAUAAUGCACCAGGCGUUUUUCCGCCACGUCCGUCGGUUUCCCUGGGUGACCAACGUCUCGCUGUACGGCUGUCUGUUCGCCGGUGGGGACUUCGUCCACCAGUGGUUCUCGCGCAGGGAGGAAGUGGACUGGAGAGCCACAAGGAACGUGGCCGUGAUCGCCUUAGGUUUCCAUGGCAACGUCAAUUUCUUCUGGAUGCGGUUCCUGGAGCGACGGUUCCCUGGCAACUCCAUCAGGAUGGUGGCGAGGAAGCUGCUGCUGGACCAGACCGCCAUGGCACCGAUGGCUGUCAGCGUCUUCUACAUAGGUGUCAGCUUCUUGGAGGGCAAAGAGGACAUCUUUGAAGACUGGAGAGAAAAAGCACUGAAUACAUAUAAGACGGGGCUAAUGUUCUGGCCAUUUAUGCAGUUCGUGAACUUUGCCUUUGUGCCUCUGUACGUGCGUACCAUCUUCACCGGCUGCUGUGCCUUCGUCUGGGCCACCUUCCUUUGCUUCUCACGUCAGAGCGGCGACGGCACGGCCGGUGCCGCUAUUGCAUGGAUGUUCCCUCCUAAAGAGGAUGAAGCAGAAUCCACAAAGGAGAAAGAAGACGCCCAGGACAAAAUAGAUGCUUCCAAAGAGGGAACAGUAGCAUCUAAACCUACUCAGGACUGAAGUAUGUAAUGUCAGUGGUUGUAAUGGAGUGGGACAGAACAUCAAAAGCAGUGGUGUGAACAGGAGACAGCAGGUUCAGUGGAUGGCAGUCCUGUCUGCGGUUAAUGUUGCACUAUCACUGCCAGAGUUCAAAGUCUCCCUGGGGUUAAACUGGGGUCAAAUGCUCUAAGGUGCUUUGGGAAACAGCUUCCAGCAAAUGGAAUGUACUUACAGUAUAUUUUUUAAUAUGCAUACAGCACAUCACUUCCGUAGGAAAAUGUAAUUCAGUCCUACUUUUACAUCCCACAGUGAAACAUCACCAUGCUUUAUUUGUCUUCAGGUUUUGUUUUUUUAAAUGCAGUCUUGUGUUCUCACAUAUCAAACAAGAGAGUUAUUCAGUUGGCCAUUGAAUAAGGGAACUCUGAAUAAUGAGGACUUCUAUGUCUGGGAAGGUAGCUGUGAUGGCGGGAAUGUGUAAGGUUGAUGUUCCACAUUCAUCUGCUUUACAUGUAAAAACUGGAAUGAGAGUGAGUUUUAGUUGAGAGUGAGUGAGAAUUCAUUCCACAAUGUGGAGCGGCAGCUAAUUUAUUAGCUUAGACUUUUAAUUUCAUAAAAUUUGGCAAAUUUGUCUUUUUUUUUAUUUGAUUGAAUUUUUAAGGAUAGAUGGUGUGUACAUUGGCAGCCCUCUGUGGUCAACACAGAGGCAAGAUAAACUAAUGUCCAGUAUAUUUGGCAAAUUUCUAAACAUUUACAUAUCACUCUCUCUUAUUUUAGAGAUUGCAACAGAAUGCCUGAUCUUGAAGGACUUUCCCGUUUUCACUCAGGUACAAGAAGUGCUAAACAGCAACGCAGUCUCACAGCAGUUUGUGAAAUAGUCACGAAAUUUAAUCUAUUUGAUCCAUGUACAUAGACACGAAUUUCCCUUUUUUUCGUGACGCUCAGCACGACUUUCAACAACGUAUUU